CACACAAUCGACUUGACGAGUUGACAGUUGAGUAUUGCGGAAGCUAUGUCGUCCCAAGGGACCAUCUUGGUCCUGUUGGUUGUUACCCUGUUAACACCAGACUGCGUGGCAGCAGGGAUGGAUGGCAACCAAAUUGAAAUGUGCGUUACUUCGAGGAGGAGAGUUGCAGACCUCUCCAAUCAAAAUCUAACAUCCUUUCCCUUACAUCUUCCCAACACCACGGAAUACUUGGACAUCUCUCACAACUCCAUCCAAAGUAUCACCACACAAGUUUUCCCCCGACUGCCUCUGUUGUGUUUUCUGAAGGCGACUCAUUGUGGGCUCAGGGAUAUCUCUCCGAAAGUGUUUCAACACACUCCUGCACUUCAAGUUCUUGAUAUUUCCUCCAACGAAUUAACUAUCAUUCCUGACAUUUCACUUCCACAACUGACCAUUUUGGAUUUGACUGACAAUCUCUACGAGGGCUAUCAGCUGCCGGAUUGUUUUCAGAAUCUUACAAAUCUGCAAGUGCUGUCAUUAGGUAGCAAAGCGGCUCUGACAGUGAAUUUAAAUGACUUAAAACCUGUGAUGAACAUCCCCUUGCAGCAUUUGGUUUUGGGUGCAGGAGUUCCAUGGAGAAUGUAUGAAUCGGGAGCUCUAGGGAUGCUGUCCCUGCAGAAAGUGUCCCUUUUCACUAACUUCUGCGGGCGCUUCAAUGUGUUCGACAAUCUCCUCGUGGAUCUGAAUGUGACACGGGCGAACGCCUUGAGGUUUGUGAGUGUGUUUUCGGAUGACUGCAACGUCACCGACGAUCCAUUCCAGAUCCUGAAAGCAAUGCCGCAUGUGCGAAACCUCACCAUCGAGAACACCUGGCUAAACAGCUCCUUCAUGGAGAUAUUCUUAAAGAAUGUUUGGCUGUCUUCUAUUGAGGAUCUCACCUUUGUCAACAUCACGUACAAUGAAGAUACACCUGAUGGGUUUCAGUUUCACCCCCUCAAUCACAGCCUUAGUCUUCGCUCUGUAACUUUCGAUACGGUGAUACAUUAUCAAUACAGGUAUCCUACAGUUAACAUAAGCUUUAAGUACGCUUCAAAUCUGAACUAUGUUAGGUUUUCUAGGAGCGGAAUGAACAUUUUACCCUGUAAACUCUUAUCCGUCCUGCCAACAUUGGAGACCCUGGAUGUGUCAGACAACCUCCUGUCUGAUUUGGGUUUCUGGUGGCCUUCGUGUUCCUACACCUCAGUCUUUCCCAAACUGAAGCACCUGUUGUUGAACAAGAACCGUUUCAGGAGUUUGUCCUUCAUCUCGGGACGGACGCAUGAAAUGAAACAUCUGGAGUCUCUGGAUUUGAGCUUCAAUUCCAUUUAUUUGAAAAAAAGAUGCAUGUGGCCUGCUCACUUGAUUGAGCUCAAUCUCGGGAAUAACAAUCUGGGCAACAGUAUUUUUAAGCACCUGUCACCAAAUUUCCAGCGAAUUUACUUGUCAAAAACAGGAAUAACUGCCAUCACCCAAGAGGACAUGUCUCGGUUUCCCAAACUGACACACCUCAAGCUCAGUGCUAACAGCAUCCAAGUGCUCCCGGAACUACUCGAUGCCCCAAACCUGAUCAGUCUCUAUGUGGACCAGAACGCAAUCACAAGUCUUUCUGGGCAUGUCUUUGGGGGAUUUCCGAAGCUUCAGCUCCUCAAAGCUGGGAACAAUCCCUUCAUAUGCUCCUGCGACCUACACUGGUUUCUCACAGACUUUAACAAGUCUUUGCUCUUGAACUGGCCCUUGGAUUAUUUAUGCAGCACCCCAAAACAUCUUGAGGGCCUGCCAUUGCCCGAGUAUAAAACCAGUGUGAUCUCAUGCGAAAUAUGGCUCCAAACAACAGUUGGUUUCUCCGUGUUACUAUUAGUAGCAACAACCUUCGGCCUCGUUUUCAACAAACUGGAUGGUGUGUGGUACACAAAGAUGUUAUGGGUGUGGAUUAGGGUGAAGAGGAGAGGAAAUAAACGCUCACACUUGCUGAAGAAUAUGUCAUUUUCAUACCACGCGUUCAUCUCCUACAGUCAUCAGGAUGCCAACUUUGUGAGCACCGAACUGGUGCCCUCCUUGGAGAACGCCGGGUAUUUCCUGUGUGUUCACGAACGUGAUUUUGUACCCGGUGAUUGGAUCAUAGACAACAUCAUCAACUGCGUGGAGUCCAGCUACAAAACACUCUUCGUCCUCUCGAAACAUUUCGUCCAGAGCGAAUGGUGCAACUACGAGCUCUUCUUUGCUCAGCACAGAGCCAUCAACAUCCAAGAGGACUCUUUGGUGUUCAUCCUGUUGGAACCCAUCCCCACAGAUUGCUUGCCCAAAAAGUACUUGAGACUGAGAAGUUUGCUCCAGCAGCAGACGUACCUCGAGUGGCCGAAGGACGAGCGGAAGCAGCAAGUGUUUUGGGCGAGCCUUAAAUCCAUGCUGCGUAUGGCAGACAAAUCUGUAGUUUUGAGGGAUAUGGCUGUGGAUCUUGCAGAUACAGCAAUCCUACUUACUAAUCAAAUCAGGUUCAACACGCUGUAUGAUUAAAAUGUGGACGACCACAAUUUUAAUUUUGAGCCGUUAUAACCUGUUGCUUGGGGGCAUCUUAUGGAAAUGGACUUUUCAAUUGCUUGGAUACAAACAGUUGGGUCUCUCGGGGGCCUCCACAGCCUAUUUUGACAAAAAUAAAUCACAGACAGCUGGGAACUGUUAUAAUUUCUAGGAAAUUAAUUCAUAAUACACUUCAUGAUUUCUAAAUGGUUUUCAACCUGGUUUGAAUGAAGCAACUGUAUAUUUGGUGUUCAAAUGACAAUCACAUUCUUGGCUGCUUCAUCAUUCUUAAAUUAAAAUAUUUAAUACAUGUCUUCACUGCAACAGUUUAAGCGUGAAGUUAAGUCAAAAGGUAUCCCACGAGAAUGUUACAAUACAUUCCAGUGUGCUUCAUUUGAGAAAAUCAAAGAAAUAGUGAUGAUUACUGGUGUAAAUCAUAUUCCCCUUUUCGGUCAAGUGUCAACAGUCAAGAAUACUUUGAAUUUGAAUUUUCUCUACAGCUACGUGACAGCUUCUCUAAUUUUAGCAGAUGCACGGGAAGGAAAUUUCCGCUGCAUUCAAAUGUAAAAUAGUGUAUCGAGUCUCCUGCUCUUUGGUUUUCAGUACUUUUGUUUGAUGUUUGGCUUCCUUGUGACUUUUGCUUCCGAUUAUUCCUUGUAUGUUUUUUUUUUUUUUUUUGGUUUUUGGUCCGGAUUUCUCUUUCUCAACAAAAUGAUCAAACAUUGACAAAAAUAAACUUACCAGUUGUUCAGUAUGUGCAAAAUACUAACGAAAAAAAACAACCUUAGUGCUCUGAUAUCAUGACAUGACAUAAACAUUUCUCUCGUCAUUUUAGUGUGACAAGAUUUGUCCAAGCUGAACUUUGAAAGGCAACUUAAGCGCCAAAGCUAAAAUUGGGUACACGUACUGACUUUUUUAUCUCUUGACUUGAUUUAAAAAUGUGUCAGAUC